AUCCUACAGAAGUAAAGAGACAGAAGCCAGAGAGAGGUGGUUCGGCCAUAUGUCAUCGUUCUCUCUAUAAACUUUAUGGAACUUUGUUCUGAUUUUCUCAGAGACACGAAAAGAAAGAAAACAACACUAGAACAAAGAGGGUUUGAUUGAUUCACUUGAAAAAGAGAAAACACAGCUUUGGAAAAUGGAGUCACAGUUGACACGUCCUUAUGGUCAUGAGCAAGCAGAAGAACCAAUCAGAAUUCACCAUCCAGAAGAAGAAGAGCAUCAUGAGAAGGGAGCAUCCAAAGUGUUGAAGAAAGUAAAAGAAAAGGCUAAGAAAAUCAAGAACAGUCUCACUAAACAUGGAAAUGGUCAUGAUCACGAUGUGGAAGAUGAUGAUGAUGAGUAUGACGAGCAAGACCCAGAAGUUCACGGCGCACCAGUGUAUGAAUCCUCUGCCGUGAGAGGUGGUGUAACGGGUAAACCUAAGUCUCUUAGUCAUGCCGGAGAAACUAAUGUUCCGGCAUCGGAGGAGAUUGUUCCUCCAGGGACAAAAGUUUUUCCUGUCGUGUCUUCUGACCACACCAAACCCAUUGAGCCUGUAUCAUUACAAGAUACCUCUUACGGACAUGAGGCACUGGCUGAUCCUGUAAGAACGACGGAAACAUCGGACUGGGAAGCGAAAAGAGAGGCACCGACUCAUUAUCCUCUCGGAGUGUCAGAAUUUUCAGACAGAGGAGAGAGCAGAGAGGCUCAUCAAGAGCCAUUGAACACUCCUGUGUCUCUGCUUUCAGCAACAGAGGACGUGACUAGGACGUUUGCUCCUGGUGGUGAAGAUGACUAUCUCGGUGGUCAACGGAAAGUCAACGUCGAGACGCCAAAACGUUUGGAGGAAGAUCCGGCUGCUCCAGGAGGAGGAUCGGAUUAUCUCAGUGGUGUAUCUAAUUAUCAGUCCAAAGUUACUGAUCCCACGCAUAAAGGUGGAGAAGCUGGAGUACCAGAGAUUGCUGAGUCUCUUGGUAGAAUGAAAGUGACUGAUGAGUCUCCUGAUCAGAAAUCAAGACAAGGACGCGAAGAAGACUUUCCGACGAGAAGCCAUGAGUUUGAUCUGAAGAAGGAAUCUGAUAUCAACAAGAAUUCUCCGGCAAGAUUUGGAGGGGAAUCAAAAGCUGGGAUGGAGGAAGAUUUUCCGACAAGAGGUGAUGUGAAAGUAGAGAGUGGAUUGGGAAGAGACUUACCGACGGGAACUCAUGAUCAGUUCUCACCAGAACUAUCUCGUCCCAAAGAGAGAGAUGAUUCUGAGGAAACCAAAGAUGAGUCGACACAUGAGACAAAACCAAGCACCUACACAGAGCAGUUAGCUUCAGCUACAUCAGCCAUAACUAACAAAGCUAUAGCCGCAAAGAACGUCGUUGCCUCAAAGCUAGGUUACACCGGAGAGAAUGGCGGCGGGCAAAGCGAGAGCCCUGUAAAAGAUGAAACUCCGAGAUCUGUUACUGCUUACGGGCAGAAAGUGGCGGGAACUGUUGCUGAGAAGUUGACUCCGGUUUACGAAAAAGUCAAAGAAACAGGAUCAACGGUGAUGACAAAGCUACCUCUCUCCGGAGGUGGAAGUGGAGUGAAGGAGACGCAACAAGGGGAAGAGAAAGGUGUGACGGCUAAAAAUUAUAUAUCAGAGAAGCUGAAACCUGGAGAAGAGGACAAAGCUUUAUCGGAAAUGAUAGCUGAGAAACUUCAUUUUGGAGGAGGAGGAGAGAAGAAGACAACGGCUACAAAGGAGGUGGAAGUGACGGUUGAGAAGAUACCUUCCGACCAGAUAGCGGAGGGGAAAGGACAUGGUGAGGCGGUUGCAGAGGAAGGAAAAGGUGGAGAAGGAAUGGUGGGGAAAGUUAAAGGAGCGGUCACUUCUUGGCUCGGUGGUAAACCGAAGUCGCCACGGUCCGUUGAAGAGUCUCCACAAUCACUUGGCACCACCGUUGGGACUAUGGGGUUUUCGGAUUCCGGUGGAAGUGAGUUGGGAGGCAGUGGCGGAGGUAAGGGAGUUCAAGAUUCUGGGAACUGAAGAUUUGGGGUUUUGCUUUUGAAUGUUUGUGUUUUUGUAUGAUGCCUCUGUUUGUGAACUUUGAUGUAUUUUAUCUUUGUGUGAAAAAGAGAUUGGGUUAAUAAAAUAUUUGCUUUUUUGGAUAAGA